AUGGAUAAUUGUUUAUCAUUAUACUGUCGGCUUUGUGCAGAAAUAAAAUCAAAUGCCGAUUUAAUUGAUACUGUUAAUGAUGAUUUAGAUUUAAAGUGUAAAAUAUACGAUCUAUUAGCAAUCGAAAUAUCGGAUGAUAUUGAUUUACCAAAAACUAUAUGUAAUGAAUGUUUUAAUAAAAUAGUUCUGUGCUCAGAAUUUAAAGAACAAUCACAGAAAGCGCAGACUACAUUACGUGAAAUUUUUAUACUUAAUAAUAAAGUUAAAAUUGAAUUAAGUGUUAUCGAAGAAAAUAUUGGACAGGAAGACAAUAAUUAUAAUGAUUCAAAUGAUGAUUCUUCUUCAGUUGAUGAAAAUCCAAAUUCUGGUUGUGAUGACACAAAAGAAGAUCUUGCAGUUGUUAAAAAUGAAAUAAAAGUUGAAUAUUCUGAAAUAAAUAAUGAGCGAUGCAGGUCAUCUAGAGAUAAUCGCAGUGAUGAUGUUAAGAAAAAACGUUGGAAUCGUGAAGUAUGGAAAAAUUAUAAUUGGCGAUGUAAUGAUUGUGAUGAAACCAUUAAAUCAUCAAAACAUUUUCGUCAACAUUGUGCUGAAGUUCAUAACAAAUUACCCGAAUACGUGUGCUCAAUAUGUUCUAAAGUUUAUCAACAUAAACAAUUUGGUGCAUUUUAUAAACAUAUUUAUAAACAUUUCAACGAGUAUCAAUAUCGACCAGAUAUACAUGAUCAACAUGUACGAACGCAUUCAUCAGAAUCAUCAGAAGUGAAACAUAUAUGUGCACAAUGCGGAAAAUUAUUCAAGACUGCUCAAUAUUUACGAAGACAUUCAAUAUUACAUUUACCAAAAGAAAAUCGUACAUUAUUCACAUGUCCGACAUGUAACAAACAAUUUCAAACAAUAUCGGCAUUAAAAUAUCACACAACUAUUCAUACAGGACAACGAGUUUUAAUUUACUGUGAACAAUGUGGUAAAAGUUUUACAACAAAAUCGAAUUUAGCAUUGCACAUAAAAACACAACAUUCAGAAGAAAGACCUUAUCAUUGUGAACAAUGUCCAAAACGAUUUAAAAGUAUACCAAAUUUACAUACGCAUUUAAAGGUGCAUCUAGGUUUAAAAAAGCAUAAAUGUAAUGUAUGUGGGAAACUGUUUGCAACAAAACCUUCAUUAAAGCGACAUUCAUCCACACAUUCUGGCGUAUUACCAUUCGAAUGUAGUUUUUGUAAUAAACGAUUUAGAAUUGCACAAUUUUUAAAGAUACAUGUUCGACAACAUACAGGUGAAAGGCCAUUCUCCUGUCAACAAUGUAAUCAUCAUUUUGCAAAUUCAUCAAAUUAUAUCAAACAUAUGAAAGCAAGACACGGUGUUUUUAGUGUGGCUAAAGAUCCGGUUAAUUGUAAUGCCAAGUAUUUAAAAACUAUAACAACUGAAGCAACUACGUGA